AUGGCGCUCCCUGUAUUCACACGACUCUGCUUUUGCAUCUCAUCCAAGUUCAAUAACAGAGCACGUGUGAGGAAUGCUCAAAACGAAGGGGUCUGCACAUUGUGUGAGGAUUAUGUUGCCGUUGCCCUUGACUACCUUGGGAGAAACGAAACACAGUCUGAGUGCAUUGCUUUGGCCGAAUAUUACGUCCCUCUGUUCUUCUUACAACUCGAGUCGCUUCAACCUGAGGAUUUCUGCAGAAGGGCUGAUCUUUGUGAAGGAGCAGUGGCUCUUGCAGAAGAAGCUCGGCAGAACAGUUGUGACGCGUGCCAUAGGGCUGUUUCGGAGGUUUUGAACAAGUUACAAGAUCCUGAUGCACAGCUCGAUAUGAUCGCAACCCUUCUGAAGGGUUGCAAAUCGCUCAAGAACUACGAGAAGCAGUGCGAGAAAUUGGUGUUUGAGUACGGACCUGCGGUUCUAGUAAACGACGUUUGCACUCUCCUUCACGCCUGUCCGGCCCAGAAGAUGACAUUGUUGGAGAUGUGUGAGUCGCCAGCGGUGGCGGACUCAUGAAUGCUUCACGGGUCAGAUGCUGUUGCGGUGAGUGAAUCACAGUAAAAAAGAUUCUGUAACUCGGAAGCAUUGCUAUCCAUUAUUCAGCACUUUAAGAUUUGCAGCAAACUCAGCCAGCAUCUCAACUGUUGUAACAAUUGGCUGCACAUACGGUGUCCACGUGGAUGCCGUGGUUUGUACAGGUCGGUGAAUAUUUGAAAAUGAAUCGUGUCUUGCAUACUUCUACAUGAAUGGUUACAUCCAGGGCUAUUGGUAUAAUUAAGAUGAUAGAACGUUUUUAUUUUAAUUAUUUAUUUGUUUAUUAAUGAGUUAUUCAUGUU